AUGCUCAUCUCCAAGUCUGGAACCUUGCACGGAAAGGAGUCAGCCGCGACGGACUGGCAAUGGUUAGUCACAAUCGUUUCAAACCCGGGGCGACUUACAGAAUUUGACGGCCGCGAGUCGCCCGAGGCCGGCCCUUUCAAGAGAAACAUGGAGUUCGUCAUGCUCGCGCUGCGAAUCCCCGUCACACUCUUCGUGGCAUGUGCGAAUGAUAUGCAUCGAAAGCCGAGACCAUGGCUCUGGUCUAUUGUCCCAGAGCUGACGGGAAACGAGGACUGCGCCAUAGACGUGGCACAGUCUUUGGUCGUCGGCGACGCUGCGGGCCGCAGUGCUGACUUUUCAGACUCGGACGCCCACUGGGCAAUGAUUGUGGGAAUCAAAGUUCAUACACCCGAGGUGUCCUUUGAAGGCGAAACACCAGAGCCCCUAGGCUAUAAGUUCUAUCCAGAGUGGCAUUUGACGGGUACAGAGCGCCAAAGGGGGGGACAAGUGAAGAUGGUGCAGUCUCUAUCAAAAUCAAUGAUCGUCCUUGUUGGCCUUCCCGGCGCAGGAAAGUCUACCUUCUACCGCGGUGUGCUUCAAGACUAUGGAUUUACGCACGACCAUACAGCUCUCAGCAAGCUUUCAUCCUUGCGGUCGACCAGAUGA